UAUAGAAAAUUACCACCACAAGAAGACAGACUUGCCACGGAGGAUGUUGCACCAAUGGUGGAAGUUGCUUGCUCUGGCCCUGAGCUGUUGGGUCUCAGCAUGGGCUUCAUCUCCUCAAAUCUCCGGAGACUCGUUCCUCUUUGUCCAGAAGCAUCCUCAGGAAUUCUUCUGUGAGGCAGACUUUGUACUGGUUGGCAAAGUGCUGCGUAAGACGACGUCGAACGUAUCCCUGCGGAACUUCCAUCACGUAACAAGAAUAACAGAGCUCCGCCCAUCUCCCACUGAGACCAACGUCCUAUUGGUCAGGGUCAAGCGCGUGUUCAAGGGGCGGUCCUACGCCAAGGAGGGCAACACCGUGGCCCUGGUUACCAGUCGAAUUAAGACGGACUUGAAGGUGGUGCUGCGUCGGUCUUACGUCUUCACAGGCUUUGUCCGCAUAGCCAACGUGCCUGACGAUUAUGGCCACUGCUCCAGUCUCCUACACACUGGCAGACACGUGUUUGUGGAGAAUCAACUCAACUUCAUGUGGGGGUGUUCAUGGUUCAAACCCCGCCCCCUCCUGACGUCAGAACAGAAGCAGGGAUUGUCUGGGAUGUACGCCAAAGGCUGUGAUUGUCAGAUCGUGAGAUGCCACGGUCGAACUGACGACCCGAGAAGGUACUGCUUCGGCGACCUCCAGGGGGCGCUGUUCGGUGAGGGCUGCGUGAUGCAUCACGGGAACGAGCAGCUAACGGUGCCGCUGAUGACAUGUUCCCGCCGCAGCGGUGGUUACAACGACACCUGCAAGUGGAUCACGUGCUCUGCAGCCAGGCAUUCCCGCCCCGAGGGUAAAUUCUCUGCAGUUGGCGCCGGUAUUAAGCCCCCGGUUGCAACCUCCAGCCCAAAUGCAACUUGUGGUGACUUGUGCUGAAAUCGAUUCUCUGUCAUUAUAAGUUAUCACUACUCCCAUGGCAACGGGAUGCCUUCGUUACUGGCAACGGUACUUGACGGUUGGUAACAGAAAGACAAAUGAGAUGCUUUGUUUAUUCAGGACAAUGUGACGAUGUCGGGGAAGGAUCACACAUGACUUUGUCUACCUCAUUCCCUAGUCUAUCUAUCUUUUGUAUUCUGUAUUCAACCAGUAUUGCCUCCCAAUAUAUACGUCUGCUGCUUAACAUAAGAAGAUUCACUUCAAAACUUUGCC